AUGUCUGACUCUGGCAUCGGUCAAGGUAUAAUAUACAUUCAACGAGCAGGAAUGAAUCUCACAAGUUUCCCACCAAUAGGUCGAUCAAACCCAAACUGUUCUCUGACAGGAUUAUAUGAUACUAGGGGUGUAGCAAUUGAUGGAUCCGGUAAUGUUUACGCAUCAUCAGCUACCUGUAAUACGGUCGUGAAGUGGCCACCAAAUAGCAGCACUGGUACACUUGUUGGUGGAAAGUUAGGAUCUUAUGGUUCUGGUAGCAAUUUGUUAGAAUGGCCUCGGUUUAUACAUUUAGAUGAAGUUCGGGGAGCCUUAUACGUCGCCGAUAGUUUAAACAAUCGCAUUCAGAAAUUUAUAAUAGGCGGUAAUGGAACAGGAAUAACAGUUGCAGGUGGAAAUGGACAGGGACUGGGUCUUAACCAAUUAGAUCAUCCUUCAGCUGUUUGGGUGACACGCAAUGGUCAAACUCUUUAUAUUACUGAUACUGGUAAUAACCGUGUGAUGCGAUGGAACCUUGGAGAUACACAAGGAUCAGUUGUAGCCGGCAGUGCAAGUGGUGUUGCGGGUAAAACCAAUACACUUCUUUCAUACCCAGGUGAUGUGGCACUUGAUCCUACUGAAACAUAUUUAUAUGUUUCUGAUUAUUAUAAUAAUAGGGUGCAACGAUUCGUUCUUCAAUGA